AUGAAGCAUACGUCCGUUCUUGCUGGCGCCCUGCUGGCGGCCGCUGCCCAAGCCGCCGCGCCCGACCGCGUUGUUCAGUGGGACAUUGCGCGGCGUCAGGCAUCACGCGGGUCCUUGUACCGGCGCGGGGCCGGUGCCCUGACGGGAGAUCUUCACAAUGCCGUCGCUCGCUAUUAUGUCGAUGUUGAGAUUGGCACUCCCCCUCAGAAGCUCCAGCUCCAGCUGGAUACCGGCAGCAGCGACGUCUGGGUGCUCUCCAGCAGCGCUUCCGUUUGCGCCAAGAGUCACGACUGCAGCGUAGGCUCUUUCGAUGCCGAUGCGUCGUCGUCCUAUUCCGUUUACCGCAAGAACGGCUUCAACAUCACGUACGGCGACGGAGACCAUGCCACCGGCGACUACUUCACGGACACGCUCGUCAUCGCAGGGGCUACGGUGAAAGGCUUCACCAUGGGCCUCGGCAAAGACACCGAGGGUCUUACGUUCGGCCUCGUGGGCGUUGGCUACCCUGGCUUGGAGGCCAUCGCCUCCAAUGACCCGUCUGACGCGUACCCGAGCCUGGGCGAGUCUCUUGUCCGGCAAAACUUGACCAAUACGAAUGCGUUCAGCUUGUGGCUGAAUGAUCUGGAGGCGAGCACGGGCAACAUUCUUUUCGGCGGCAUCGACACGGAGAAAUACGAGGGCGACCUCAUCCGGCUGGACGUGCUGAAGGAUCCAGGCCCGCAAAAGUAUCUGCAGUACUUCGUGGCGCUGACGUCCGUGGAGGCCAUCAGCGUGAGCGGCCGCGACGCCCUGACGUCCGCCGGCAACUACACCGGCUAUGCGCUCCUGGACUCGGGCACCACCCUCACCAAAGUGCCGCAGGACCUUGCGGAACAGUUCUGGGCCGAAGCCGGCGCCUCCUACAAUACCCAACUCGGCGACGCCAUUCUCCCCUGCAGCCGCGCCCAGAGCGGCGGCGUGUUCUCGUUCACGUUCGGCGGGCCGGGCGGGCCCGUCGUCAACGUCAGCAUGACGGAGCUGGUUCAGGACGUCUACAGCAACGCGACGUUUACGAGCGGGCCGUUCCGCGGCCAGGCCGUCUGCCGCUUCGGCAUUACCAACUCGACCGACCUGUUCACCAUCCUCGGCGACACCUUCUUGCGCUCGGCCUACGUCGUCUACGACCUCGUCAACAACCAAAUCGCCAUCGCGCCGGCCAAGGCCAACGCGACGGCUGCCAACGUUGUUCCCUUUGCGAGCUCAGGCGCGCCCAUCCCGUCUGCCACGCCCGCCCCCAGCCAGUCCGCCCAGGCCAACGGCACGCUCGGGCCGUUCGCAACGCCGACCUACGCGGCGUCGGCCGGCUUUGCCUCGUCGGCUGCUGCCACAGGUUCGCCGACCUCCACAUCGACUGCCCCUCCCUCGAGCUCGCCGACCUCGUCAGCCUCUUCUUUGUUGUGCACUACUAAGAACAGCAUUGCUCUGGUGGCCACCAUUUCCUUUGCGCUGGCUCUCCUGUUGUAA